AUGACAGCCCUGUACUGGAUAAAGAAUAGAGGUGAAUGGAAGCAAUUCGUAGCUCAUCGUGUGAAUGAGAUUUUAAAACUGACAACGAAAGGAGACUGGGGACAUUGUCCGGGUAAAGAGAAUCCAGCCGAUGUAGGUUCAAGGGGUGAAUUAGGUACACAACUGGAGGGUAACCAGUUGUGGUGGUCUGGACCAAAAUGGCUUACAAAGCCCAAAGAAGAAUGGCCUAAAUUUGAGAGUGCGGGGAAGAGUCAGACGGUGGUAGAGGAAGAACGCCAGGUAGCAACGAUGAUUGUACAGGCAGACAGACAAUGUAGUGUGAAAGAUGUGAUUGAUAUUAACAAAUUUAGUAGUUCAGAGAAGCUUUUUGGAGUGACAGCAUGCGUGAUGAGAUUCCUACGUAAUGCUAGCGCAGGAGUAAAGAGAGUCGAUAGGCAGUCUGGGGCUCUUUCAGUUGCCGAAAUAAUUGAAGCCGAAAAAAUUUGGAUUAAAGAAGCACAGGCAGAACUAAAAACUGAAAAGAGGUUCACCCAACUCAGUGUGAGUUUAAGGUUGAAGGAAGAGGAGGGUAUCCUUAGGAGCCAAGGUAGAUUAAAAAAUUCAGAUUUAGAAAUUGACAACUGUUUUCCAAUUAUCCUGCCAAAAGAACAUAGACUGACAGAGUUGAUUGUCCGAAAAUGCCAUCAGGAAGUGCACCAUUCGGGUGUACGUGCUACGCUGUGCAGGCUACGAACUAAAUACUGGGUAGUUAAGGGAAGGCAGCUGGUAAAACGAAUUGUGAGCCAGUGUGUAACUUGCAAAAGAUUGGAAGGAAAAGCGUAUAGCAGAGCACCACAAGCAGACUUGCCAGAAUUUAGAGUCAGACAGGCCGCGCCGUUUUCGCAAGUCGGAGUCGACUUUGCAGGUCCGCUUUUUGUCAAACAGUCCGGUAAUUGUUCGAACAAAGUGUAUAUUGCCUUGUUUUCAUGCUGCGUGACCCGUGCAAUACACUUAGAAUUAGUGUGCAACUUAUCAGCGGAUACGUUUUUAUGCUGUUUGAGAAGAUUUGCAGCUAGGAGAGGGGCACCCAGUCUUAUAGUUUCCGAUAACGCUAAAACGUUCAAGGCAGCAGAGAAAGCAUUGAGGAAGAUUUGUAAUGAGCCGAAAGUCAGAUCGGAAUUAGGAGCCAAACGAAUAACAUGGAGAUUCAACUUAGAGAGAGCACCUUGGUGGGGAGGCUUCUUUGAACGGAUGGUGCGCAGUGUGAAAAGGUGUCUUAGAAAGGUGUUAGGGAAUGCAAAGUUGAACCUUGAUGAGCUGAGCACAGUGUUAGUUGAAGUUGAAGGCACAUUGAAUGCGAGACCAUUAACAGAAGUAUUUGAAGAGCUGGAAGGAGAAGUGUUAACUCCUUCACAUUUGAUAUAUGGUAGAGCAAUCCAUUUAAUCCCACAGAAUGAGGUAGUCAUAGGAGCGAGUAGCUGUGGGGAGAGAUUUAAAUAUGUAACGUUAAAGUUGCAGCACUUUUGGAAAAGAUGGAAGGGCGAAUAUUUAACGGGACUUAGAGAGUUUCACAAGUGCACAAACGGAGGAAAGUUAAGGAAGGUCCAGAAAGGAGAUGUAGUGACGGUGUUCGGAGAAGGCGAGAAAAGAUGUACCUGGAAGUUAGCAGUAGUAGAAGAGUUAAUUGUAGGGAAGGAUAAGGAAGCUAGAGGAGCAAAGGUUAGGCUUGCAGGUAAAGGAAAACCACGCUUCUUAAACAGACCAAUUGAGAAGCUUUUCCCAUUGGAAGUUCAAUCUCGACCGGGUGGGGAAAGGGAGGAAAGGGACAUCCCUACAGCUAAGCCAGAGGGAGACCAGCAUGAACGAACAAGACGAGCGGCAGCCAUAAUUUCAAAAGCGAAAACAAAGGCGAUGCUUGAUUCAUAG